AUCAUCUUCUGUUUCUCCUUCUUCUGUCGCGCAACGGAACCGAGCAGACCAAGAGUUUCGUCCGGAAAUCUUCGCCGGAGUUCUACAAGGGUUUAAUUCGUCAAUCGAAGUGAGUGAUUUAUCUCUCGUUAAAAUUAAUUCGUAGAUUAGGAUUCGUUAAUAUGUUUUCAAUCGAUUGACGUUGGAUUUGCGAUUUCGAGUAGAGAUUUCGUUGAAUUGAAUUAGAAAUCAUAGUAUGGAAUUUAGUUAUGUUCUCUCUCCGUCCUACUCUGUUCGGAUUUGCUUCGCCGCCGGAAGAUUGGACGUCGUUAAAGCUGUUGUCCUUGACGCCGCCAGUGCUAGGUUGGAUUACUGUGGUUGCCGCAGUGGAGUCGCCAUCAGUCGUUGCCUUACUCCGCUGGGUACGCUUGGUGCUAUUCUUGUUCGCCGUAAGGAAGUCGGGGAGGAAGACGAGUCUGCAAAUAGAUUGGAAAUAUGAAUUUUGUUUUUGUAAUUAUAAUUUGACCCCUAGGAUUUUAAUGGUUUGCAAUUCGGUUUUUCCUUAUAAUUUGUCCUUAAAAAGUUUGCAAUUGCUACAAAUCAACCCAAAUUAGUAUGUAAUGAAUUGGUGAUAAUUAAGUGUUGAUUUGGAACCAUGAAAUAGGCCACUUAGUAUAUCUAGUCAAAUUUUAGUUAAAUGGUAUAUUGAAAAUCACAAAUAGGAUUGGGAUUAGAAAUUAAGGUCAUGUAGGUGACGGCGUACACCUGGUGGUCUCGAGGGUUAAAAACGUGCGCACGGUGGUCAUUGACCUCUGGCGAGAGCCAACGGGGGCCUCAACCCCCUCCAUUGUGAGAACUUUGGAGUUAUGAGUGUGGGUUUGGGCGAGAGCCUGAAAUCCAUUACUCCCGUAAGUAUGAAUUUGAUUGUAUUAGCAAGCAGAUGGAGUAAGUAUGGAUAAGAACUAAACCGAAUUAUAAGGAUAUAUAGGUAGAGUUGGAUAAUGAUAUGAAAUAUUUGCACUAAAUAGCACUAAAACUUAAGUCAUUUCCCUAAAUAGCACUUAAAUUGUUUUAUUCCUUAAAUAACACUUAAUAAUGUCCAUAAUGUCCUGUGAUGACAAAUAUUUGCUUGAAUAAUGACUAAUGCAUAAUGACUAAAAAUGCUACAUUGGUAAGAAAAACACAUGUGGUGCUAUUUGAAGAAAGUCAUUAUGUUUUAGUGCUAUUUAAGUAAAUUUCUCAUAUGAAAUAUUUGCUGAUUCUUCUGAUAUUGUUUGAUUAUAUAUUAAUGGGUGCUAGUCUAUGAGUUAGUUUUAGCGUUAGAUACUUUCACUCUCCCUAUUUUUACAGGUAGGGAUCAAGGAUUGGAUGAUAAGCAGCCUGGAGGACAGUGAUGUGUGACGCUGGUGGAUGGCUGAUGCUAUUUUUUAUUUAAACUAAAUAUAGAUUGUUGAAUUUGUUUAUUUAAAUUACUAGAAUGUUGAAUGUUGUUUUCAAAGGCUCCCACAAUGUUUGUUUUAUUAACUCUGAUUAAACGAUGAAUUGUUUC